AUGUCUGGAGCAGGGGACAAAGCAUUUUAUAUCAAUCAGCAAGAGCUUGAGAAAGCAGAGCAGCAGCUAGAGGAGGCUGUGGCGUCGAAUGAUAUUGGUGCCAUCAGCCGAGCUCUCGCGAAGCUAGAGAAGAUUCAAGGACCGCUGGCAGGAAAGAAACCCUUCGAUAAGUCCAGCGUUGACAAAGCCAAGGAGACAGACUUGAUUAACAGCGUACUGGGCAAGCAGACUGAGACUCCUGCGGAGGCUGCGGAGGACUUGGCAGAUACCAUUGCAGGGGUUGAAGCGGCAGAAAAAGAGAUUGAAAUUCAAGCGCUGGAGCAAUACCUUGACGAAUCCAUCGUCACCAACGAUGCCGAGAGUGUUCAAAUUGCCAUUUCCAAGUUGAGAGCUCUGAAGCCCUUGAGUGAACAAGAGGCGGAGGCCUCCAAAGGCUCGGUCGAUGAAGUGGCCGAUGCAGUUGCGUUGGCUUUGGAGCGAGCGGCGAUUGAAGAAGGGCAUGACGUCGAUAUAUUCGAGAUCUUAGAGGGAGUCGGAAACAAGAAUGUCAGGGUUCAGGCACUUGGAAAGAUUAUCGACGACGCAGUCAGCAGCAAUGACAGCAAGCUGCUGGAGAAGGCCUUGAGAACUCUAGAAAAGUUGAUGGGUGACGAAGCUGGAAGCGCGGUGUCAGGCCAGGCAGUCGACCCCUCCCUCAUCAAGGAUCUUCUUUCAAAGACAGGAAUUGAAAACUUGCAAUCGGCUCAGGCUGCACAAGAAAUCUCAGACGUAAUUGCUCAAGUUGAGGGAGUAGAGUCCGAAUUAGGGGAUGAUGAGGACGAAGAUGUGUGGAGGUCUCUGAGGGAGAUUCAAGACAAACGGCUAAAGGCUGCUGCCAUUGAACGACUUCUUGAUGAAGCCAUAGAGAGCGGCGAUGAAGACCUGCUGGCUGACUGCCUGCUUUCUUUGAGAUUUGUCGAAGUAGCGGCGAUAAAAGAUUCCAACAAGAAUCUUGAAAAGACUUUGAGAGCUCUUAGAGAACUCACAGGACGCGAGGUAUCGCAACAAGAGGCAUUUGAAUUUGCCGUAGCAAUCCAAACGGCUCAUGAGUCAACUGAGUGGGACGGUGUUGAUAUGUUCGACAAAGUCCAAGACAAGAAGCUUGCGAUUGGUCCUUGA